GACUGUGUGUGGAGCCAAGUGUUGGGACAGUGAGUCGUUUGCCGAGUCCAAAGUUGGACAGUCUGCUUGUAAAUAUGAUUGCCGUAUCUUGCAUUUUGGCGUUCGGGUUGUUUUCGUGUGCGCUUGGCACGGGUAUACAGGAGGAAGAAAAUGUGCCAAAUUUGAAGUGGCUGCAAAGGGAGUUCGGCAGUGAUGAAGAGCAGCACAGCUUAGGGAGGUCUGAGGUCUCGAAACGCAGCGCAGGACUGAAUGGACAGACAUGUACAGCUCUGUCUGGUAUAGAGGCAACCCUGCAGAACAACACCCAUUCCUUUACCUUCAAACUGAGGACCAUGGGUUCACUGUCACUGGCCUGGGUGGGGGAUGGAUCAGGGGUGCUGCUGGUCUUGACAACGUUUCACGUGCCGAUGUUCAUGAUGCAUUCCGGCCAGUCUCACCUCUACAGGAGUGAAGACUAUGGGAAGACGUUCAAAGACGUGACUCAUCUGAUCAACCACACCUUCAUCCAGACUGAGUUUGGCAUCACCAUCAGUCCUGACCACUCUGGCAAGGUGAUGCUCACCGGUGACGUGUCAGAAAUUGGUGGCUUUAGACUGUUUCGCUCACAGGACUUUGGCAAGACCUUUAUUCCAACUGACCUGCCGUUUGAGCCGCUCAUGCAGAUGUUGUACAACCCUGGAGACUGCAACACACUUGUGACGCUCAGUAUCACGCUGGACCUGUGGUUGUCUGAGGACUUUGGUGCCACCUGGAGGAAGAUCCAUGACAGUGUUUGUUUGGUCAGAUGGGGUCCAAAUAGCAGCAUCUACUUUACAACAAACUCCAAUGGAUCAUGCAAUGACCGAGGAAUGUUGGAGUUAAGGAAGACGGCAGACUACGGUCAAAGUUUCCGGACGAUUGCAACAAGAGUUUACUCCUUUGUACUGGGAGGGCGCUUUGUUUUUGCUUCCAUCAUGACUGGCACGGGCACAGAGCGUAUGAUCCACGUGUCAGCGGACGGAGGUGAGGUGUGGAACAUGGCUCAGCUUCCUACAGUCAACCACGAGCAGUUCUACUCCAUCUUGGCGGCCAAUCAGGACAUGAUAUUUAUGCACGUGGAUGAUCCUGGAGACUCUGGUAUUGGAACAGUCUACGUGUCAGACGACAGAGGAACUGUGUUCUCCAAGUCUCUUGAGCGUCAUCUUUACACGACCACGGGAAGUGACACUGACUUCACCGUCAUUACUUCACUUAGGGGUGUCUACAUGACCAGUGUACUCACAGAGGAUGAAUCAGUGGGAACAGUGAUCACCUUUGAUCAAGGAGCAAAAUGGGAGAUGCUGCGCAGACCUCAGAACAGCCACUGUGACAUUGAGACCUCUACUAACAGGCCUAACAGAUGCAGACUCCACAUCCACGCCUCCUACAGCACCACUAUGAAGAUGAACGUCCCCAUGCUGCCUCUCUCGCAGCCCAACGCUGUGGGCCUCGUUCUUGCCCAUGGCAGCGUUGGAGAUGCAGAGUCAGCUCUCGCCCCCAACGUGUAUGUGUCUGAUGACGGCGGUUACUCCUGGCUGUUGGCUCUCAGGGGCCCCCAUCAUUAUGCUAUACUGGACUCUGGAGGGCUACUGGUGGCUGUGGAGCACACCAACUUGCCCGUCAAUCAAAUCAAGUUUUCAACAGAUGAGGGGCAGUGCUGGCAUACGUAUAACUUCACCAACGACCCACUUCACUUCAGCGGUAUGGAUAGCGAGCCCGGCUCUCGGUCCAUGAACGUCAGUCUGUGGGGCUACAGGACCGACUUCAGUAACUGGGUGGUGAUUACAAUAGACUUCAGGAAGCUCCUCACCAGAAACUGUACAGAGGAGGACUACAUUCCGUGGCUGGCUCACUCUACAGACACCAGUGGAUCUAAUGACGGCUGUGUGCUGGGCUACAAGGAGACCUUCCUUCGUCUGAGGAAAGACUCUCUCUGUUGGAAUGGCAGGGACUUUAAUGUGACAAAGCAGGUGUCCCCCUGUGUGUGUACAAUGGAUGAUUAUCACUGUGACUUCGGAUAUUACCGGCCACAGAACAGCUCAGAGUGUGUGGAGCAGGAGGAGAUGAAGAGCCGUCCUCUGGAGUUCUGUUUAAACGGGACCACUGAACAGCUGCAGACCAGUGGCUACCGGAAGAUUCCUGGCAACCACUGUGAGGGAGGUUUCCAGCCAGAGAGGAAGGAGACAGACCUGAGGAGGAUGUGCACCAGCAAUGCUCUUUUUCCAAAUUUUCUGACUGAAAACAGUUCACCGAACACUGCUGUCAUAGUGAUGGUGGUCAUCGUGAUCCUCCUGAUGAGUGCUGUCGCAGGCGUUUACCUGGUUAAGAAAUACGUCUGUGGAGGACGGUUCCUUGUGCACCGAUACUCAGUUAUGAGGGAACACGUUGAAGCUAAUAAAAUAGAAGGAGUCGAUGAUAUUGACACUCACUACAUGGAGACAGGAAAGGCACAGUACAACGAAGACUCAGAUCAGGACCUUUUAGAAUGAGGCGGACAUUUUCUCCCCACUCAAAGACUCUUCAAGUCUAAAUUUAGCACAGUCUUUCAUGACGCCUGGGCACUCCUGUUUACUCCCACAUGCUGAUUAACAUCUUCUUCUCACUUCUCCCUGUCCCCUGGUGGCUGGAGGACUCAGCUGCCGCUCGCAUUGCUUCCUUGUUUAAGUUGAGUCUCCCACAAGAAGACAAACUGGUGGUUUGGGGAGGGGCACAAACCCUCCGCAAACAGAAGAAGAAAGCCUCUGGGGUCCCUGGAGAGCUUUUGUUGUUUCUGUCACAAAGUGUUCUGUAAAGACCGUUGAUUCUGAAUAUGUGUGUUGUUUCCUUCCACGCUGACCUGAGCAAAGAUGGUGUUUCAUAUCGUGAUGCACUGCAGAAGCACCGCACUGUGGUGGAGGCUGUGACCUGGAUAUAUGGAAAGAUGUUACAAAUGGUUAGGGAACAGCCAAACAAUUGAACACAGGGAAUAAUAAUUUUAGCUCAGAUCUGAUAUCUGCUGUCAGCCACGUAGUUUUUGUACCCAGUAAAUUUAAGACUUGCGAAUUACAGUCCUGUUGUUCACGGUGGCCAUUUCAACAUUCGUUUUGUUAAGUUUUACCAGUCACUAAAAUUAGGCACUUCCACGUUUUUAAAGACUACUCCACAUGUUCUUAAGAAAUAAGCAGUUUUCAUCUUAUUAGCAACUACUGAGAGCAGUACUGCAGCCUUUCAUGCUGCUGCUCACUAUUUUGACUGUUAUUGUUUCCAUUUUUUACAGAUUAAAAAUCAAAAUUUUAUUAGAAUCCCAUCAGGUGAUGCACUUUAGAUAUGACCUUUUCAGUACAUUCUAGUGGCUUUUUUGUAUAACAAGGACUGUUCUUUGUUAUUUCUGACCACUUUUCACUUUUAAAAGUGACUUCAUAAUAAUUACAGAUGUUAAAAUAGUCCAGCAUUAUUCAUGAAUAGGUCAACAUUUUUGUUUUUUAUCAUUUGAAUUAUUAUUAAAUAGUUUUAAUUGAUAGGUGGGUCAGACUAAAAUGUAACCACAACAUAUAAGUUAGUACAAAUACUUUUUAGACUGAAGACUGAAGCCAAAUUAGUGACCUCUAAUGCUUUUUUUAAAAUAAACUUGUAAAUGUUUUAGCUUCCAAAUAAAUUCUGUCAAAUAACAAGAAGAACAAUAAAAAGUCACCAAGAAAUAAAUGCUAGUGUGGAUUUUUAGUGCCAAGGGAAACUUUUGGAAUAAAUGUUAAAAGGGCCUGUAAUUGAUGUGAAAAUGUAAAGUAUAUCUGAUACAGUGCAGCUUCACACAACCAAACUCUUCUGCUUCCUGUGUGUGUGGUGAAAAUGAAAGACUUGAAUUAUUGCCAAAGCACUUUUAUUGUUUAGUUUUCUACUUUUUGAGGUGAGGUUGUAGAGGUGAAACAUAACCUUAGUCCAACAUCAUAUGAAUAUGAAGCUAUUGCUAACCCCAACCCUUUACUUGAACUUUUUGAUAUUUUUACUUAAAAGAUGCACCAGUAGGUUUCUGUUGUUCUGUUUUGGUUGUUUUUUUUGUUAUGGAUUUGUUUGGGUUGGUAUUUUCCCCUAAUCAGCCACAACCAAUAUGCCUUUGUUUAAUGAUCUCAGUGCAGCCGCAGGGAUAAUCGUUAAGAGAAUGGAGUAUAUUUUGGGAAACCUGCUGGCUUGUAUUUGCAGGCACAAAAUUCUCUUUGUACAGCUAAAUAUUACCAGUACAGACAUUUCCACAAUUUUACUCAUAGUGCUUUUUUAAAGCUUCUGUUUGUCAGCAUUGAUGGUCUUAUGAUAUAUUGGUGCAUCCCACCUUAAUAAUCUCACAGUUGUUAUAAAAUAUCCAUAAUAACAGAACCAAUUAAGCAAAUUAACGUGCCUUGUGCCACAAAGAGCAUAAACACAAUUAAAUUAAACGAGUUACAUCUUUUCACAGUAGACACUUUUCUGUGUUGUAUGAAUUGUUUAGAUGAGGUGUUGGGCGGCUAUCAUUUCCAUUAUCUGCAAUGCAAGAUCUGCAAUUUUUGACAUGUGCAUGGCUUAUGGCCAGUGCUUGUUUUCUCCAGCAGAGUCAAUAAUGUCCCAGUGAAUAAGCUAUUGUAAUAAGCUGGCCUAAUAUAAAGGCAUAUUCUCAAGGACGGUUGGGUGGACUUUGUCAGAUAUGAAAGCACCUUCAUAUGCUUGAUGCUUCUUUAUUUACACAACUGUCAGAAAGAACAAACCCAAAGAUUUACUGGAUUCAUUGAUUUAUUUUUGCACUGUAUCUACAAAUCUGUGAAAGAGUUUCAUUUGCAUACGUCUCAUUUGUGAAGUAUUAAGGCUAUGAGUUGUGAUCUUCAUUCCGUCUUGUUUUCUUUACUUCUUCUUAGAACAUCAGAGAUGAGUGUCUCUGAAUUAAACUAUUCUGUAGCACAGAUGCCUCAUUUAUUGAAUAAAAUAACACUUUCUCGUCUACAUCA